CUCUUCCUCGUCAUCCUCCUUCAGUGUCUUUGGCUCCUUGUCCGCCUCUCUGCCUCCAACAGCAUCCCUCCAUGUUGUCAAUUCCUCCCCAACGGUAUCUUUCGCUUGUGUAAUUGAUUGACGUAGGGCGUCAUAAUACUGUGGUAUGCUGCUCCCGUCCGCCAAGGGAAAUUUAUGGGUUUUCGAAGUUGAAAGGCCACUAGGCACAACGUCCGACGGAGGAUGCAAUUCGUAGGAUACAACAACACUUCGAGACAUGUCGACGUUGGAUAUGAACUUGGUGUAGCCUGUGAAACGACUAGAUCUGUAAAGUCCAAUACAGUCCAAAUCGGGGUUAUUUACUGUUGUUGUCCAAAGGCCUCCAGACGUUCGGCUGUCUCCGAUAGACUUUUUCUGUCCUGCUCGAAAUCUUUGGCACGUUGUCAUUCUUGUCCUGUUUUGCCAUCUACUUUGCCUCUGUCAAUAUGCCCGUCCUUAGACAAUAACAAUCGGAGCCCUGCUGCUCUCGAUUGUGCUGACCUCCCAUAGACUCAUAGAACAUUAGACAUUUAGACCUAGAGGAUACCCUGCAAUUGUUCAUCGUUUUAUUGGACGCUGUUCCCCACUUGGACCUAGUUAUACUUUCGUUGCUCAGUGAUUUUCCAUUUCUAGAAUCUAGGUCAUGGCAUACUCUGCCAACCGUUACACGAAGCCUGUCCCACCGACCUCAAACCUGCCGCCCCUUGCACGGCUGUCUUCUUCUUCGCUUUCGCAAAUCAAGAACGCACUCCACAAUCUGCGCACGCUGUACUUCUCUUCACAUAUAUCCACAACACCUCCUAUUCCCCUCCGUGCUCUCCCUAAACAUCUCAUCCAUGACACAACCGUCCCUGACUCCGGUUAUGCAUCUGCUGAAGAAGACGAGGAUGAUGGCAUGACCGACUUUGAACCAUCUAGGUCUUCCGAAGGGAACGAUGAUGACGAGGACAUUGCCAUCCUUCGUGCGGACACGUUUGAACGCGAAUUCGCUGUUCGUUGGUUGACGGGCUUUACCGCACGUUCGGACACAUGGGUGUACAGCCCGGACGUCAUUGACGAAAUGGAAGAAAGCGCUCGUGCCGAGGUCGUUGACGAAGCGGCAUCUCUUCUAGCUUUGUUUGCCGGGGGAGAUGAGGAAGAGGCUUUAACACGCACCUUCAUCUUUCCUCUUCGAACAGGAAAACACGUCGAAGUCGAACUCAAUGAUGCACCGCUUUUGAGCGAGGAUCAUACUUCCGUUGGACUGCAGAGCUGGGCUAGCUCUAUCCUCCUUGCAGAACGUCUAUGUGCCGAUUCCGCCGCUUUUGAUCUUUCAGUAGACGGCAAAUGUGGAGGGAGGAUACUUGAACUUGGAGCCGGCACCGGGCUUUUAAGCAUCGCUAUUACGAAACUUCAACGUAUUUGCCAUGAACCGGCAAAUGACGCAAACAGCAUCAUCGUCGCCACGGAUUACCAUCCUUCAGUCCUUGCGAACCUCAAGGCAAAUGUGUCCCACAACUUCCCUUCUUCACCUGUGCCUCCGAUCCAAGUCCUGCCAUUGGACUGGCAGUAUCCAGUAUACGACGCACCUUUUGACAAAGUCUUCGAUGUUAUCAUAGCGGCGGAUGUAAUAUACCAUCCCGAGCAUGCGCAGUGGAUCAGGAACUGUGCUUCCCGACUACUCCGGCGUCCUUCGCCUGACCGAGAGGGAGGUGUCUUCUGGCUUAUCAUCCCCGUACGGUCUACGGGCCGUCACGAAGGCAUGGGAGCUACAGUUGAUGCUGUCUUCCCCUCCCUCUCUGACUGCAAACCCUCAGACGAGAUGGAGUUGGCGAUCUUCCAGAAGGAUACCAUUGGGCGAUUGGGUGGGGUAGGUCGAGCAGACGAAAGCGCAUACUUGUUAUUCAAGAUUGGUUGGGUUUCAUAAGGGUAAACGGCAUAGACAUGUUUUAUGACAUCAUGAAAGCGCUCUUAGGACGCUACCUAGAACACAGUAGAUACAUAUUGGCGACCAGAAACUAGCUAUGUGUUGCUAGUACUGUAGUUAUACACAGAACUAAUAAUUAUGCGCUAUUUUACACAUCU